AUGAACAAGCCACGAGGCUAUAAGGCUCGUCAUUCGUUGGAGAAGGCUGUUGAGACUAUUUAUGGCCUCGAUGCAGGCGAUUUGCUUCUAUGCCCUCUGGCCCAGAUCCAAGACACAGAUCUGAGACUAUGGCGACUGAGAUUAUCAUGCACACCACUUCUGACAGGCGUCCACCAUCCAAUAGAACACUUUGACAAGCUCGACCAGCAGCUCUCAGUCUUUCUGCAGCGCCCUGAUAGCUUUGUCAGGGAUACCUCGCACAGGGAUGGCGCGCUUUUCCAUGAUAUGUGUUCCAAGGCGGAAAAGCUACUCGCCCGGCUACCAGAAGUUCCGCAGCGUAGUUUCUCGCUGCCUCUGAACAAUGGUAUCAGGCGGAAGCAAGGCACGACGCUGUGGGACAGUAUCAAAAAUGGCAAAUGGGCAACAAAGUAUAUUGUGCCAGAGGCGCAGUUUCACUUCCAGCUGCAGAGCUCAGAAGAUGCCGACUCAGUGCUCACCCUGCUAUCCAAGUUGCAGAACCUCGCCUGGGAUAAUUUCUACGUGACCACGCACAUUGACACCAACUCCUUGAUACUGGCGGCUGUAUUCGCGAAUCAAGGCUCUGUCCCGGACCUGCGUCUUGCUCGAAACUCGCUCGAAUAUGUGAACUUGCUCUCCGAAUUGUUUGACGAAUAUCAAAGCAUGUGCGACGCCGUAUCUUUCGGGAUCCAGGCCCCGUUCGAGGAUGACUCGGACGAAGGUCGUGCGCUAAAGGACGCCCUGUUUCCUCAGGAGCGUGAUGACCAUGAACAGGCAAUGACGAUCGUCAAAGUUUUCCUCUGGUCGGCAUGGCAACGGUCUGUGAUGCUUCAUUUCUACUAUGUGGUUGGAGUUCAACUCGCUCAUGGGUAUUCGUCUACCUGGAACACCUUCCUGGCCAUUCGCGGCGUACACGAACUAGAAUCUCUUUCUAGAGACGCGUAUCGCGGCAAGUGCACCGAUUACCUCUGUAAUUGGGCCUUUGAGCUUCUGAGGACCAGUCGUACAUCUGUCGGGCUUGAUUUUCGCCGCAUGAUUUCGAGGUUUGAUGCUCAGUUCCAUGGACGGCAUGGACGAUGCAUCAGGGAUUCGACUUCUACCUGUGAAGGUGGACAGCCAGAGACAUGCCAGAGAUUUACUGCAGCAGAGGCGGCCGCGCAAUCAGCACAUUCGCCUGGCUGUAAUGGGCAUUGUUCGAGAAUUUUGUGGAAUGCACCGUCAUACUUUGAGUGUCGAAAGCCAGCAGCUAUCGCGGCGAUUGAAAAUUCUGCAUAUUUGAACUAUUCUCCUGUAUCUUGUCAGACCCUUGCAAUCUCUCACGUCUGGAGUCAUGGACAAGGCGGCCGUCCUGAGACGGGUAUCAACACCUGUCUGCAUCACCGAUAUUGCCGCUUGGCCCGUCAGUUUGGGUGCGACACGUAUUGGAUCGACGCCGCGUGUAUCCCAAGCGAGACCACUCUACGACGACAGGCCAUCGAUAGCAUCAACGAAAUCUUCGCCGCGUCAAAGGUAACCCUGGUUAUCGACAUGGAUGUCCAAUCCGUCGAUGUGACUCUACCAGAUCCCAGCAUUGCAGAAAUUGAGACGCUGGUCUCAACACUAUUGGUGAGUGAUUGGACUGUCCGUGGCUGGACAUUGCUGGAAGCGAUGCGUGGCAGUCGUGCGAUCUGGCUGCUUUGCAAGAAUGAUGGAGUAAUGAAUCUUCGUCAUGCUCUUACCAUAUUACAUGAGCGCGGUGGGAUCGACAUUGGUGUUCUGCUUGGGAGCGCGCAGCAUCUGAUCCCCCAUUCAGACCCAGCCUCGAAGAAAACCGUCGAGGAAGCAGGUUUUCUCCUCAGUCAACGCCACACGUCCUGGCCCGAAGAUGUAAUAAUUUGCUGGUCUUUGCUCAUCAACGCACCCGUGCGAAAAGAGGCGGCUGGUCUCUGGCGGAACCAGACUCGAGUCAGAAGCGGCUACAUAUUAUCGAGCGCUCCGCGCGUCGGCACGAUGAAAGGCUUUGGUUGGGCGCCUAGCACACCGUAUGUUCGACCAAUUAAAAGGUCUGUUGGUCUUGAGAACGGUAGGAGUCAAGAGUACAGCGUGAGAUUCCCAUCAUAUGAUGGAGAGGGUAGCCUCCCCGUCAAUAUCACGGAACACGGAUUGCGUGGAAAGUGGCGUGUUGUGGAGGUCGAUCGCUCGCUCCUGGAAAGUACUAAGGACUUGUGCUGCGAGUUGACACCCUUUCCUUACGUAUACGAGGAUGACGAAAUGGCUUUCGAAACCCCCCAGUUGAUAUAUGCUCACCCCGACGACGCAUUGGCCUGGCUUACCAUCGUCGACUUACUUGACCAUGGAGCCCGGGUAAGGCUUGUCAGAGCAGUGGCUGAAGAUGGUAUAUCUCCGGCUGUCGGCACUAGCCAGCGAGGGGAAGGGUUUGGGCUGAUUGCGGCGCUUUGUGCCAGCCUCAAUGGAGGAUUGUCAUGGGAAUGGAAAGGGGUAUAUUCCUGGCAAGAGAGUGAGAAUUACGAGGGUUGGGAGGUUGUUGAGAUGUUGAUCACGUAG